AUGGCCACUGCCGUUAAGGAAAAGAAAGUGCAAAUAGUUCAUCAAACGAAUUCUUAUGUGAUUAUCAACAAACCAUUCGAUAUGCAUAUCAAUAGCAACGAAGAAGACGUCAAGCCAACUGUUGCAACACAACUUGCUGAACUCCUGCCUACUUUAGUCGACAAAAGUAUCUGUUUUGGUUUCAGGUUCGUCAAUCGCUUAGAUUAUGCUACAAGCGGAUUACUCUGCAUUGCUUUUGAUAAACGGGCUGCAAAUAUGGCCAGGAAACUCUUUGAAGCAAAUCAUGUGUCAAAGAAAUAUUUAGCUUUGGUCAGAGGUAUCCUAAGCCGUGAUAAUGGUGAUAUUCUGGUUAGAAAAGCGAUAGGGUUGGAUCGACGUGAUCCUCGUGGAUUUCGCAUGUGCAUACCUGAUCAUAAUCCACAUCUCUGUCAAUCGCCAAAGGCUGCUGAAACUCUCAUCCGUAUUCUGGGCUAUGGCAAGUAUGAUGGUGAAGAUAUUACUAAAAUUAGCCUAAGUCCAGUUACCGGCAGACGACAUCAACUCAGAGUUCACUGCUUAACGUUGGGCCAUUGUAUCGUUGGUGAUUAUACUUAUAGUAAUGAAGUUGAUAGCAAGCCUUAUCGAAUGAUGCUGCAUUCAUAUAGCUUGAAAAUACCACUACAAGAUUGUCCUGCUAUUGAAGUGACGACUUAUGAUCCGUUUUUGCCUGAUCACGAUCCUUUAUUGCAAUUGGAAAAUAACUAA